CUGUGUCUUGGGCACACAGAGCCACACCUACACACACACUCUCAAAGAGGGACACCUAGAGAGAACGAAACCGUCAUCUUCAAUGGAGAAAUAGCUUUUCUCCUAUACACAAAAAUCAAUUUUCGACCAAGAAAACACCGAUCAUCUUUUUUCCGUUAAUUCUCAGAAUUUCCUCACCAGUGCACUCGAGGCCUUGGUUUCUCAUAAUUGGCCAAGAUGCAAGGGAACAGAAGCAUACUAGAUUCCUUUCCAGAAACUAUUGAUCUUAAUCAGGGAUCAGUUUCAAGUAAUGCUUCUGGAGAUCGGACAGUCCAUUGGGAUAACUUGCCAAAUCCAGUGGAGGAUCGAUUAGCAAAUUCCAUGCUUUCUUCUAGAGAAAAUCAUAGUCGUGCUAAUGCUGUUAGUUAUAACACUCAGAACUGCAGUGCGUGGGAUCAAGGUGAGUCUAGCUCCAGUGCCAGUUUGCAUGACAUUGGUCAUGGUAGUAAUUUGAAAAUAGGACAUGGUUGGCCUUCCUCAUCAAGUAAUUAUGUCAUGACUAAUCCAAAGUCAGAAGAAAGGCGAUUUGGACCGUCCAAUGUCCUCCUUCCUGAGAGUUCCACAAGGGAAUAUGGUGGAAAUCAUCUGAUUGGUAGCCCGACAAUUUUAUCAAAUCUUGCCUCAGCUCACAGUCCUGUUAAUGCUAACAGUGGUGACACUCGGCUGGUCAUGAGACCAAGUGUAUCUCCAGCUGUCUACAUGUCUAGCAGUAGAUUGGAAGCGGAGCGUCCUGCUUCGGGUGUCUCUUACAAUGCCGGUACUUCUUCUGGUAGUUCUAGUUAUUGGGCCGGCCCCCCUGAUAUAUCAGGUUCUUCCAUGGGUACUUGGGGUUUAUCCUGUAAGCGCAGGGUCCUCGAAGGCAGUUCUGGGCAGUCUUGUGGUAGAAGUUCAAGCUCCAAUGCACCUGAGAACAUUAUACAGCACAAUUUUCCAAGUCAAUAUGAUGCUUCCAGCAGCUUAAGCAUAUCACCAGCCUCUGCGAGUGUGCAGAAUACUUAUUACUCGGAAAACCUUUAUCCAAGAAAUGGGGUUGGAACAAGAGUGGCUGCUUCUGACAUAUUUCCUCCUCCUUUAAGUGCUAGUGGUGUUGCAGACACCUCAGCUAGAAAUUCUGGGGGUGGACGAAACCUUGGGAACCAGGAUACAAUUACAUUUGGUUUACUGCCAACUGGGACUGAUUUAGGGCAUUCUAGUGUUGGCUCUACUCUUGUGACUCCUCGACCUAUUUCAGUAUCUAAUUCAUUGGGCUCCAGACAGCCAAUUUCACGGCCAAUGAAUUCAGGUAACCCAGGAAGCCAUUCUGGUGUAAUGCACAUUUCUGGUGUUCCAAGAGGUUUGCAUCCAGUUCCCUGGGACGUAUCUCCUAAUUCACGAGGUGGUAGUUCAUCAAGUUCAAAUGUGGUUUUUGCAGAUAGAUAUGCAUUACAAGAUGAAGCUAACUUCCGGAGCUCAAUCAGAAAUAGUGGGCAACCUAUUCCAUUUGUUCCUGCUCCUGAGACUAGAAAUAUGGUACAGGAUCCCACUAAUUGGAGUUUAGCUACUUCAAAUGCAAGCUAUUCCAGAAACACGCCUUCCAGUUCUGCACUCGGUCGUGGGUCAAGUACGCAAGCCUUUCCUACUGCAUGGAUGCCCAAUCAGAACUCAGCAACCAGUAAUAAUCGUAGUUCUUCAGAAAUUUCUCCUUGGACUCUCCUCCCACCUGUUGAGUCUGAGUCUGGAAGUCAGAGAGGUCAUUUUCCCCUGCUACCUUCAGCUGCUUCUCCCCUGCAGGAGGCGGAGAUGUCAUCGCGAUCUAGUAGCCGUGGAUCUAGUAGCCGUCGCAAUCAUCGAAACCUCCUUAGAUCAUCUUUGAUGGCCGAUUUUCCAAGUAAUGAUGUGGAUGGAUGGCGUGGUUUAGCUGCUGAUAUCGAGGGUCGCCAUAGACUGAUUCGUCAAGUCCUGCAUGCCAUGAGGAGGGGCGAGAGCAGGCGAUCCGAGGAUUAUAUGAUGCUCGAUCCAUUUGUCAACGGUGUUGCUGAAUUGCAUGAUAGGCAUCGAGGCAUGAGGCUCGACGUUGAUAACAUGUCGUAUGAGGAAUUAUUGGCAUUGGAAGAACGUAUAGGGAGUGUGAACACCGGAUUGAGUGAAGAAACCAUUUUUGGUCGUAUGAAGCAGCGGAAGCAUGGGCUGAUAUGUGGAGGGUCAUCAUCAGAAAUGGAGCCUUGCUGUAUAUGUCGGGAGGAAUACACAACUGGAGAUGACAUGGGAAUGUUGGAUUGUGGUCAUGAAUUCCAUAGUAAUUGCAUAAAGCAGUGGUUAAUGCUGAAGAAUCUGUGUCCUAUAUGUAAGAUGACAGCCUUAAAAACUUGAAAUGCAGCCAAACAAACCUAAUUUUCUUUCUUCUGAUUACCACCCCCACGAAGAAUUCCCUGGAGAAAAAGAAAAAAAGUAGAAAGGGGAAAAAGGGGGGAGGGGGGGUUGAGGUUUCUUUACAUUAUAAUCAUACAUUAGCACCUGAAACUGUUCAAAUUCCCCAUGAAUGAUUGCAUGGGUUCAGGAACUGAAGGAUGUGUAAGCGAGAAGAGACCUUUCUGACUGUUUCUAUUUAAAACCCAUAGAAAUCUUUUUUAUUUAUUUAUUUUUAAAGUGGUAAAAUCCAUAGAAAUCUUCUUGAGACGUUUGUUUUGAAUAAUGUACUUCACCAUAUUAUUAACCAAACAAUUUUUAGUUUUUGUGGUA